AUGUAUCCUCGUCUUGGGCGGGCUGCAGGCAAUGUAUGCCUGCGAUGCCAAUGGCGUCUACUGGCCCAGCGAAGUAGUUCCUGUUCAACACAAAAUAUUCGUGGACUUUCUACUGUAAAAGUUCCACAGACGCAGAGGCGGGCGCUCCAUGCCGCUGCCAACCGCUCACAACAAUCCACCCUCACCACCAACACUCCUACGCCCGCCCCAGAUCCGUCUCUCCUUGCUCGCCCCCAAGGAGUUCCAGUCCGUGAGCAUCUCGAGCGGUGGCAACAUCAAUUUGGUGGACCGACAGAAGAAAUUCUUACGGCAUUCGAGAAUCACCCCGCACGCAAUAACACGCAGAACGGACUAUCAAAGUUGUCGUCCGCUCUCAAGGCCGACCAAGAUGCAAAAGAGAGCGAGUGGGAUGUGGCGGAGGAAGAUGAGGCAGAAGAGGUCAUUACUAUCGGCCUUUUCCUGAAGCCCGGCGACGUGGUCGAACUCACGCAACCGGGCCGUGAACCCGUACUUGCUGUUUUCGUGCAGCAACUGAAUAAUGAGAGUCAAUUCUUCUCCGUCAAUGGUCGAUGGACACAUUCCUUGAUUGGUCGCGUGUCUUUCGCUAUCCAAGGCUGCAUCGAUCCCGCACUUCUUGAGCCACUCGUUCCCUUCCUGCCUACAAAUCCUGGCUUAGCCAAUCCCAAGGGUGAAGUCCACGUUCCGAGAGAGUUGUCCGCUCCGGUCGUAGCGACCCUCGAACACAUGACAGCAGAAGCCGAGAACAUUUACAGAACAAAUGCCUCAGUACUGGACGGGGCCUACGAUGUCUUGGCAGACAAUACCAAGACACGUAUGAUGACACUGUCACAGAUUGCGAAGAAACUGCUGGGGAAGCAAGAUUCUUCCUGGGUAUCCUCACCAGCAGCUCUCCUGGCCGUUCGAAAGGCUCUCCACCACAAUGAAUUUCGUUUCAACUCCGAUGCUCGCAACCACCGUCUGACAAACAUUUUUGCUAUCCGACCCAAGGCUGAUGUCGAGGUCAUGGAGGCAGUCCAAGAGUGGAUCCGAGAAUAUCGCGAAUACCGUGCCUUGUCUGUGAGAAGUUUCGAGACCAUCAAAGAUGCUCAGCAAGCCCGCACCGACGGCUAUACUUACGUUGCGAAUUUCCUUGCGAAGGCCCGCAAACUUAUCGCAAACAGUCGAAAGUUCCGUGAGCCAACCUACGGGGGUCUUGGACCCAGCAAGAAUUCCUCGCCACCGGACGGAUCCUCCAAUCUGCGCAUCACCUGGGGAGAGACAUUUUCAAACACUGACAAACAGAUCAUCAAGUUUCUGCAAGCAUGGGUACUUACUGAUCAGUUCAAGGGUAUGGCUGGUCUUCAAUCUGCUUGUACGAGCUUGGUCUCGUCAUCAGGGUUCUACGGUUCAGAUGUCUUCGCCGGCACAGGAACUCACGACGACACUCUCAGCAACAUCAAAAAAGGUACUGGUCUACUGUUCCUGCAAGAAAUAGGUGUCAUCUCGCCCCACGACAAUCGCGCGAUCUAUGACGAGCAGCUGAUGCUUCCCACCGUCCGACAGUCUCGCAACCUGGAAGUACUUAACAAUAAAGUUGAGCUUAUACGAAGGAAUCCUGACUUUCGAGAUGCAAUGGCACAUCUUCGCCACGAUUGGGGAUCGACGACAGUAUACUGCAUCGACGAUGUCGGCGCCCACGAGAUCGAUGACGGCAUAUCGAUCGAACAAGUCAAGGGUGCAUCUUCUGAAUUCUGGAUUCAUGUACACGUUGCGAAUCCAACAGCAUUCUUCGACAAAACCCAUACGCUAUCUGGUCUUGCCGCCCACAUGACUGAAUCCGUGUAUACGCCAGAGCGAUCUUUCCCUAUGCUUCCAUCUUGGGCUGCCCAAGGGCACUUCAGUCUUGACAAGAACCGCCCUGUCAUCACCUUCAGUUCCCGUAUUGACAGUACCGGCUCCGUCUUGGAAACGAAGAUACAGCACGGCACCGUUCACAAUGUUGUCAGCAUCACGCCAUCCGAGGUGGCUGCUCUUCUUGGUGACAACAGUCCGAGCAAAACAAGAAAGCUUGUUGUCGGUGGUGAGGUGCCACGCGGCACAGAACGGCAACCUCCGAGCCUUGCUCCAAGUCAACUCGAUGACCUGCGUAAUCUUUAUACUGCGGCCCAAGCCUUAUGGACGAAGCGAAGGACUGCUGGCGGUGUUAAGUUUGCUACCGGAGGUAUUAGUGCUCGUGUCUUCGAGAGCGCCAGCCAGGGUGGCUUGAGCUGGAACGCCCCAUCAUUGGAUCGGGCACGUUUUAUUCAAGGAGACCCGAUAAUCGAGGUAACGAGUUCGAUCUCGGACGGUUUGAUGCAGUUGGAGAUCGGACCUAGGAACAUUACUGAAGAGAUGAUGCUGCUUGCCGGUCAGACAGCGGCUGCAUGGUGUACUGAGCGGAACAUACCCGUGAUGUACAGGGGUACGAUCGAACCACCAGGCGGAGAUUUGGAACCAAAGGAGCUGCAACAGCUUGUGCAGACCCACUACGAAAAACACGGAAAGGUACGACUGGAUCUCCAUUCGCGAUGGACCAGAUCGUUAGGCAUGGCCGUUGCACAUUCUUCGCCUUUGCCACACAAGAUCAUCGGAGUCCCUAGCUACAUCAAAGUCACGAGUCCUCUCCGUCGCUUUACAGACAUGAUUGCGCACUGGCAAAUCGAGGCUGCCCUACGCUGGGAAGCACAAAACGGCAGAAAAUUCAAAUUGGCGCCGGGGUCCAAGUCCAUACUCCCCUUCUCACAAAGCCAAAUGCAAGAAUCUAUCGUCACACUUUCCCCUCGCGAGCGGAUCAUAACCCAGACCAAGCGGAAUUCCACACGCUUCUGGGUUACCCAGGCUAUCCUUCGUGCUUUCCAGUACAAGGAAGCGGAGCUUCCUAAAACAUUCACGUUCUGGACAAGGUCUGUGAAGGUAGGGGCGGGGUUGGUGGAAGGUGAGAUACCGGAGUAUGGCCUCAAGGUUUUCAUGAACAGUUACGACUGCGAAGAAGGUGAUGAAUGGGAAGUGGCGCUGGAGAGAGUCGACCUUUUUUUGAGAACCAUCUGGGUGAAGCCGAUCCGCCUCUUGGACCGAACUAACAAAGCUGUCUAA